CUGCGUCAUGUGACGGAGAGCAGUUGUAAGGCAGGUGCCCCUCGGUUCAUUCUCAGUGAGGGGGCACUUCCCUGCAAGAUAGCGCAAACUGGAACGCUUGGAUUUUCUCAUUUCUUAUUGAUUUUUUAUUUUUAUUUUUUUUUACAUUUUUUGUUUCAUUUCCCUUUAGUAUAAUAUAUUUUUUUAUUCGUAGCGUCAUUCAGUGGCUGGAUGGCGUGGGACAGGUGCAACCAGGAGUCGGUGUGGACGGAACUAGAGUGUGCUGCCUUGGUUGGCGAAGACCAACCCCUCUGCCCUGACCUUCCUGAACUGGACCUCUCUGAACUUGAUGUCAGCGAUCUGGAUGCAGAUAGCUUCCUGGGGGGACUCAAGUGGUACAGCGACCAAUCAGAAAUCAUUUCCAGCCAAUAUGGCAAUGAGUCGUCCAAUCUGUUUGAGAAGAUAGAUGAAGAAAAUGAGGCCAACUUGCUGGCGGUGCUCACAGAAACCCUGGACAGUAUCCCGGUGGACGAGGACGGAUUGCCUUCAUUCGAAGCCCUGGCAGAUGGGGACGUGACCAACACCAGUGAUCAGAGCUGUCCCUCCACCCCUGAUGGCUCACCGCGAACACCAGAGCCAGAGGAGCCUUCCUUGCUAAAGAAGCUCCUCCUGGCUCCACCUAACUCACAGCUCAACUAUAAUCAAUACCCAGGUGGUAAGGCUCAAAACCAUGCAGCCAGCAACCACAGGAUCAGACCAACACCUGCUGUCCUUAAGACAGAAAACCCCUGGAACAACAAACAGAGAGGGGUCUGCCCCCAGCCAAGCCGACUGGUAAGACGCCCUUGCACUGAGUUGCUCAAGUACCUCACUGCCAGCGAUGAUGCCUUCCAGACAAGACCCAGUGAAGCCAAGAGCACCUGGUCAGGCUGUGAAAAGGACAGGGGUGGGCCUGGAAGCGCCUCUUUUUCAUCGUCUUCCUCUCCGUCCUCUUCGUCCACCUCCUCCUUCUCAUCCCUGUCGUCCUGCUCCUCCUCUAGCACAUCAAAGAAGAAGCCCUCCUCUGCCUCUUUACCAUCGCAACAGCAGCAGCAGCAGCUGGCAGUACAGGCCCAGAGAGGUGAGAGCCAGGCAGCAGGAGCGUAUAGUGUUGCUGGUGAGGGGGCUGGGCAGUGGCGGCGGUAUACACAUGGGGAGAAAUCCACCCCUGUUUUGCCAAGCUGUGGAAGUGGUUGUAGCCACACCUGCUCCAGUGAAGAGGGGAGGCCACUGCAGGGUGCUGACCCAGGCAGCCUGGCUGCCGCUCGCUUUAUUAGGUACAUGCACUCUUACUCUCUCCCGCCUAGAGAGAUGAGUCGCUCAGGCAGCUGUGGCCGUUGUCUUGAGGAGGGUGGCUGGGCUGGGGCCAGCCGUGCCAAUAAGCACAUCACAAUAACCAUUAGGAAGAGGAGGCAAGUGCAAGAGCAUCCCAUGCUCAGCCAGCUGCUGACCUCCAGACCCAGACCAGCCCGUUACCGAGCCCACCUACAAAUGCCCGAUGAUCCCCAGACAGACGAACAAGAUUCAUCCAAAACACCUCCUAAAGAUCAAGGGGGGGACUGGCAGAUUGUUAAAGGUAGUCAGGAACCCUUUCCAGACCCCCAAGAAUCUAAUCAAACUGACUCAACAGCUCUUGACAUUUCACCUCUGGUUGUCUUGGACUUAGAAAAUUGGUUAAUUAAUUUAGAGCAGGAUUUUGAAGGGUCAAAAAUUUUACUGGGGCAAAAUGGGGUGGAUGUUGAUGAUAAUUUCGUAAGCAGCCCCAUGUCACCGUCAUUGGGCUUGCCAAGUCCACUCUUUCCAGACUCUAUAGUUCCAGAGCACACUCCCUCCACCAUACAAGGGCAGACCCCACACAGACAGGCAGUCUGCGAGUACUCCGAUGACCAGGUUCCAUCACUGUUAGCCAAACCAACCACCUUGCCACUUCCUUUGACCCCAGAGUCUCAAAAUGACCACAAAGGAUCUCCAUUUGAGAACAAGUCCAUUGAACGCACACUGAGUGUGGAGAUCUCGGGAACCCCAGGUCUGACACCACCUACUACACCUCCUCACAAAGCCAGUCAAGAGAAUCCUUUCAAAGUAUCACUUAAAACCAAGCUGUCUUCAUGUACCUCUUCAGCCCUGACAAGCAAGAAGGCCAAGCUGAGCAAUGGAAACUCUCCAAUCAGUGUCUCUAGUAGGAAGGGCCAUGAGAAGACUGAGCUUUAUGCUCAGCUGAGCAAAGCAUCAUCAGUCUUGCCUCUGGGAAGCUCAGAGGAGUGCCGGGGCAAGCGACCCACACCCCGUGUCUUUGGUGAUCAUGAUUAUUGCCAGGCCUUGAGCACAAAACGAGACAGCAGAAGCAGCUUAGCUGCCUUAAUAACUGGGCCUGUGGAGGGGCGGCAUGUAGAACCCAAAGACUCAACCAUGCCAUCCUCCAAUACUUUUACAACCUCUUUGUCUUCCAGCAGUCCCUUAACUUCUUCUCUGACAAGGCAGCUGCAAGGCCUUUCCCCCAUGGUUCAGGAGGCUUGUACUGACAAGGAAGCUCAGGGGCAGGAUUAUAGUCCUUCAUCGGGUGCCAAAACUUCCAAAGAGUGCAACUCUGCUAGCAUAAAGCUGCUUCGCGAUCAGGAGAUACGGGACGAGCUUAAUAAGCACUUUGGUAACCCCCAGGAAGCCUUUCAUAGUGAGGCUGAACAGAAUGGGUUCCAGCCUCUAGAUGAAAGUGACUCUGGGGAUGAGAACUAUAACCUUUUUGAGGCCUACAUGGACACAGGACUGCUUGAUUUUGAGGACUUACAAGUGGGCCGUGAACGUCUUCUAUGCUCUUGGGAAGGGACUCCACUGGAGCUGCUCUUUGAAGGCUCACCCUCUUGUUCUCCAACCAGCAGCUUGCCUUCUCAGAGUUCAGUCUCACCACCCUCAACUUUGUUCUCUCCACGGCACUUCCACUGGUCCCAGUCUGGAUCCCGCUCUAGAUCUCGCUCUCGGUCCUCGUCCCGUCACAGAUACAGAUCCCUCUCCCGGUCUCCUUACUCCUGUUCACAGUCUCCAGAUGGGUGCUCCCCCUCUUGGUCUCAUCACACUGUUGAUAAUAGCACUUUCAGAUCAAGGACUCAAAGAAGCCCUCAAUCCAAAUCAUGCUCCGUUCUUGGUCAGAGGCCCAGGUACGACAGCUAUGAAGAAUACCAGCAUGAGCAGCUGAAGAGGGAGGAGUACCAGCGGGACUAUGAGAAACGGGAGGGUGAGAGGGCUGAACAGAGGGAGCGACAACGCAAAAGAGCAAUAGAGGAGAGGCGGGUAUUGUACGUUGGACGUCUCCGACCCGACAGCACACGCUCUGAGCUCAAGCGGCGCUUUGAAGUUUUUGGAGAGAUCGAAGAAUGUGCCAUCAACUUGAGACAUGACGGGGACAAUUUUGGCUUUAUCACCUACCGCUACACCUGUGACGCCUUUGCUGCCCUUGAGAACGGACACACCUUGCGCAGACCAAAUGAGCCUCAGUUUGAGCUCUGCUUUGGUGGACAAAAGCAGUUCAGCAAAUCCAAUUACACAGACUUGGACUCUCAUUCUGAAGACUUUGACCCGACCUCAACUAAAAGCAAAUAUGACUCAAUGGAUUUUGACAGCUUGUUGCGUGAGGCCCAGUGUAGCCUGAGAAGGUAACGAGCUCCACUGUACCUGCUGACUGCAAACAGAGGGAUUUGUGAUACCUCACUGCUGUUUUGCUCCUCUGAAUUGAGACUCCUGCAAGUUUUACACUUAAGCUAAAGAGGGAAAAUGCAUCAAUACAUGUAUAUACCGAAAGAUAUAUGUGUAUAUCUAAAGCAAAGUUUACAUGAACAUAGCUGCUGCAAAGACUGUACCUGUGGGGAUCGCCAGUACCCUUAGUGGAGUGCACAGAUGUGCGUGUGCUGUGCUGCUGUAUACAAAAAUGAUCUCUACGUGAUUUCUCUUUAUGCACUGCUCCAAUCUCAGCGCUUUAAAGCGUGAAAAAAGUGCAGCCUGUUCAGUCGGGUUUAUUGAUUUUUACUUUUUUGCCUUUUUUAUUUAACCUGUCAUUGGAUGUGGUGUUACAUUGUUGUUUGAAAAAAGAGUAUGGGAUUAGUAUAUAUAUAUAUAUAUAUAUUAAUAAUAUUCUCUACAUUUGGGGAAAAUAAUGUAGUCAGAUAUUUACAGAUAUGAAAUGGAAUAUUUUUAUUUUGUGUACAUAUCAAGGCAAAGUUCUUUAUUUGUUACAGCUAUGCACUGUAAAAUUCAGCCUUUAUGAAACGGGAUUUUCCUAAUUGAGAAUGUCGAUCUGUAGUCAUUUCAGUGAUGCAUAACCAACACGACGGGGGUUAUGCGACAUGAUAUGAUUGUAAAAAUGUCUGUGGAGAUUGGGUGCUCUUGGGAGGAGCAUGUGAGCAGAUUUUUCUAAAGGACUUUUGUUUUAAAAUGUCAAUAGUGGUGUAUAGUUUCAUCUUUAUGCUUCCUCAGUGUUUUCACCUGACCUGUGUAUGAUACAUUAUAAUAUUUUUAUGUCCAUGUCUGUGUAAACCAAUGAGAUUUUUUUUCUGAAGGAAACAAUAGCUUUUAAUGAAUUUCAUUGUGCACACAAAUAAUUUUUAUUAUUGCUUUUUUGAUAAUUCACUUUUAUUAAUAUAUGAUUGCUCUUUUUGAAACAGAAAAACUCAUCUUUACAUGAUGAAAAUUUAUUUAUUUCAGUAUUUUGAUCAAAAUAUUUAUGGUUGCCAUCUAUUAUGAUGCACCUUAGGAAUGACUAUUUAUAUUGUUAUAUGAUUUAUUUAUCAUUCAUUAGGAAAAAUGCAUAAGUUCAGCAAAAAUCAGUUCUUAUGAACAUUGAACUUUUCUGCUUCAUAUUUUCAACCAUUUCAGAGUCUCACCCCCAUUUAUUUUCUAAAGCACAUAAAGCAAUAAACUAAUUUUGCAGGAAUUUUAUCAUACCACAUCAAAUCUGUCUCAUUGCUCCUCACUUGCUUGGUUAUCAAAGCCAAACUAAAGUUUACAGUUUCUUUCCAAAUUUUUUACAAAUAUUUACUUGAUGUAAAAACAAAAUAUGUAAUGUAAACCUUCACAAUAUUCAUAAUAAUUAUAAAAACAUAGUAAUAAUACUUAUAAAAAGAUUUAAAAUAAAAAAGCAAUAAAUUAUUUUUCUGACUUGUCUUUUAGGUCAUGCUGUUGUAGUUUUUAAUCGUAUUGGUACCAAGACUCUGUCUAAAUAUGUGGAAUUCAUUCCAUCACACCACACAUGACUAUGUACUGUACUUGACAGUUAGUAUAUAUUUAAAGGUUCUUUAAAUAACUGAAAAAAAUCUUACUUCUGACAUAUGGGUAAACCUUUCCACUACGGUGCCACUAGUCUGUUCCAAUUAAAUCUACACCUGCUUUUUGAAAAAAUAUUAAAAGUUUUAAAUGCCUUUUUAUUGUCACUAAAGGUAACCUUUAUUUAAUGUCAAUUCUUUUUAAAGAAGCCCAACAUCUUUUGUAUCUUAACAGAUCACAUAGCCCAUUUUCUGAAGUGUGACUGUGUAGAUGAGACUGCAUCUACAAAAAGAGGCAAUAUCAGAGGGGUAAAAAUUAAAGCCCUUCUUCAUUCUGUCUGUAGUGUUUUCUAUCUGUAUCUGUACAGAGCUUUGGUAAUGGUGUCAUGUCCCACUGGAUAUGUGGCUUUAAUCAUUGUGAUAUUGAUAACAAAAAUGCUUUGUAAAUGGCAGAAAUAGCAAUAUAUUAAAAUCCCCAUUUUUUGACUGUGGCAGAGUUUUUACCAAUGUGAACUACUGAGGGAUUUCCCACUGCUGUAGAAAAUUGUGGACACUUAUGCUGAUUUUGAAAGACAAGCUGUGUUUGUGUGUAUAUAUGAAGGCAAGUGUAUGUGAGUGGUCAUAAUGAUUAUAAUAUUGGAGGGGAGGGUUGGUUGUUACCUUUAUUUUUUUCCCCUAUUCAUGUUGCCUUCUGCUGAGUCUUUACUGAUGCCUUCAUGGUUUUGCCUAUUGUACUAUUUUGUGAAUUUAAUUUUUUAUGUGCAAUUCCCAUCAGUCUCACCAUGCCAAUAAAGGGAAACUUGUUUCUUC